UUUCAUCUCGAAAAUCGACAUUUUAAGAGCCGAAAUGAUGAAGAAAGGGCCAUGGACACGCGAAGAAGAUGAGCUUUUGUCUAGUUAUAUUAGCAGAGAAGGUGAAGGGCGGUGGCGGUUAGUACCCAAGAAGGCGGGGCUCCUCCGUUGUGGGAAGAGCUGCCGCCUUCGUUGGAUGAACUACCUCCGCCCUUCGAUCAAGCGGGGCGGCAUUACCGCCGAUGAAGAAGAUCUCAUCCUCCGCCUCCAUCGUCUCCUUGGCAACAGAUGGUCGUUGAUUGCGGGAAGAAUACCAGGGCGUACAGAUAACGAGAUAAAAAACUACUGGAACACGCAUCUCCGCAAGAAGUUGAUCAGCCAAGGGAUUGACCCGAAAACUCACAAACCGUUGUCAUCUUCUUCAAACCCUGACCACUAUCUUACUCGUUCAUCUUUUCAACCGAAUCAACCAGUAACAGUUUCCCAAAAAUCCCAUGAAGACAUCUUAAACUCUACCCCAUUCGACGCUAACAAUGGUUCUGGAUCUGAUGAUGUUCUUAGCCGCUCGCCGGAUGAUCUAUUCUCGUCUUUCUUGGAUUCACUGAUCAAUGAAGAAAUGUGCGAUCAUCACCCGUCGAUUGCUCAAUCAAAGCAUGAUGGUUUCAAGAACUUCAACGACGAUGGUAAUCCUAUGAAGUAAUAUCGAGUCAAAUAUAUAUUAUAUUAGAUGCUUGUAAUCCGACAAUCGUCUUAGUGAAGCUUGUUUUGAGAGGAACGGUAGCUCUGAUACCAAUGUUAACGUUUGUUAAUUCGAUCACCGGUUUUAGUUCAAUCAA